CUUGUAUGCAAAUUUAGCGGCGAGGCGGGAGCGCGCGGCUGAUACCCGCGGACUGGGCUGCGGCGGUUAGUCCUCUCUCGGCCGCCGUCGCCUCCGACAUAUUGCCCGCAGGAGCUGCGGCGGCGAAGCGGAGAGCGCCGGGGGAGGAGAUGGGAGGACGAAGAGGUCCCAACAGGACAUCUUACUGCCGAAAUCCACUCUGUGAGCCAGGAUCUUCAGGGGGCUCUGGUGGGAGCCACACUUCCAGCGCAUCAGUGACCAGUGUCCGUUCCCGCACCAGGAGCAGUUCUGGGACAGGGCUGUCCAGCCCCCCUCUGGCCACCCAGACGGUCGUGCCUCUACAGCAUUGCAAGAUCCCUGAGCUGCCAGUCCAGGCCAGCAUUCUGUUUGAGUUGCAGCUCUUCUUUUGCCAGCUAAUAGCCCUCUUCGUCCACUACAUCAACAUCUACAAGACAGUGUGGUGGUAUCCACCUUCCCACCCGCCCUCCCACACCUCCCUGAACUUCCACCUGAUCGACUUCAACUUGCUGAUGGUGACCACCAUUGUUCUGGGCCGCCGCUUCAUUGGGUCCAUCGUGAAGGAGGCUUCUCAGAGGGGGAAGGUCUCCCUCUUUCGCUCCAUCAUGCUGUUCCUCACCCGCUUCACCGUUCUCACGGCAACAGGCUGGAGUCUGUGCCGAUCCCUCAUCCACCUCUUCAGGACCUACUCCUUCCUGAACCUCCUGUUCCUCUGCUAUCCGUUUGGGAUGUACAUUCCGUUUCUGCAGCUGAACUGUGAUCUCCGCAAGACGAGCCUGUUCAGCCACAUGGGCUCUAUGGGGCCCCGGGAGGCGGUCAGUGGCCUGGCAAAGAGCCGGGACUACCUGUUGACACUGCGGGAGACGUGGAAGCAGCACACGAGACAGCUGUAUGGCCCAGAUGCCAUGCCCACCCAUGCCUGCUGCCUGUCGCCUAGCCUCAUCCGCAGUGAGGUGGAGUUCCUCAAGAUGGACUUCAACUGGCGCAUGAAGGAAGUGCUGGUCAGCUCCAUGCUGAGUGCCUAUUACGUGGCCUUCGUGCCUGUCUGGUUUGUGAAGAACACACAUUACUAUGACAAACGUUGGUCCUGCGAACUCUUCCUGCUGGUGUCCAUUAGCACCUCAGUGAUCCUCAUGCAGCACCUGCUGCCUGCCAGCUAUUGUGACCUGCUGCACAAGGCCGCCGCCCACCUGGGCUGCUGGCAGAAGGUGGACCCAGCUCUGUGCUCCAAUGUGCUCCAGCACCCGUGGACUGAAGAAUGCAUGUGGCCGCAGGGCGUGCUGGUGAAGCACAGCAAGAACGUCUACAAAGCAGUGGGCCACUACAAUGUGGCUAUCCCCUCCGACGUCUCCCACUUCCGGUUCCACUUCUUUUUUAGCAAACCCCUGCGGAUCCUCAACAUCCUCCUGCUGCUGGAGGGCGCUGUCAUUGUCUACCAGCUGUACUCCUUGAUGUCCUCUGAAAAGUGGCACCAAACCAUCUCACUGGCCCUCAUCCUCUUCAGCAACUACUAUGCCUUCUUCAAACUGCUUCGGGACCGCCUGGUAUUGGGCAAGGCCUACUCGUACUCGGCCAGUCCCCAGAGAGACCUGGACCACCGGUUCUCCUGAGCCCUAGGGUGACCUCAGGGACAGCAUCCAGGCUUCGGCCAGGGGCUCCCUGGCAAGGGGCUGUUGGGGAGGAGUGGAUGGGGGGCAAAAAAAAAAAAAAAGACAAAAAAAUCCACCAGAGCUUUGUAUUUUUGUUACGUACUGUUUCUUUGAUAAUUGAUGUGAUAAUGAGGAAAAAAAAGUCCUAUUUUUAUACUCCCAA